GGGAUCAAUCUUCCAGGUCAUCGUCGAAAAGUGUGGUGAAGCGAUCUGUUCUUGAUUAGUAAUCUGUCGACGACCAUCGCCAGGAAGUCGUAGUCAUAACUCUUCGGCUUCGGGGUCGAGUGAGUGUACACGUGUCCUUUCUUCCAUCUUUGAGCGGGAGCGGGAACGGAAGGAGAGUGCGCAACAACAUGGCCGGUAUCGCGAGGAUGGCGGCGAUCGGCCAGCCGCACGUGGGAGUGGGAGGGUCUGAGUGUCUGGCGAGCUCGCGGUCGCGGCUGCGGCUGCGGCGCGGCUGUUCCGCGGAUCGCGAUCUCUACUCCAGCAUCUUCUCGUUGUCCAACUCGCCGGCGCAAGCUGCGCUCGACGUGUCGGGGCCCUUGUCGCUGUCUCCCGCUCUUCCGACCAGGUGUGCGCUCGCCACCACCCCGCGGCUGGGGCAGUCCGUGUUCCUUGGACGGUCAUUCCGCGAGUCGCAAUCUGACGACGUAAAGGGAAAGAAGAAGGCGGGGCGGACUGUUCCGCGCAAGGGGGGGGAGGGGAGAAUUUCGCGGGUGGGAGUAACACCGGUUGCGAGCGCAGCUGCAGCUGCGGACGCCGCCGCCGAUUCUGGAACAGGCGCAACGGAAGCGCUGCCCGAAGCCGACGACGCGAAUGCGGCUGCCACUCCAGAGAAGAAGAUCGCCAGCACGUUAAUGCUCGGGGCUUUGUUCGGUCUUUGGUACCUUUUCAACAUCUACUUCAAUAUUUAUAACAAGCAGUUGCUGAGAAUUUUGCCACUGGCAGUUGCCCACUUAUUGGGAAAUAUGUUAACAAAUGUCAGCCUUGGGAAGGUUUCGGUCUCCUUUACACAUACGAUCAAGGCGUUGGAGCCAUUCUUCACCGUCCUCCUUUCUGCCCUCUUCUUGGGAGAGUUCCCGAAGCCAUUAGUUUUGGCCUCCCUCGUUCCCAUUGUUGGUGGUGUCGGUCUCGCCUCCAUUUCAGAAGAGAAAGCGCUUGACAACAUCAAUCUAUUUUCGAUCAUCACUAUUUUAGCAUGUGUUCUCGUGCUGCCGAUCGCAUUCUUCACUGAGGGAAUCAGGCUGACACCGGCUGCCAUCAGCGCUGCAGGGCUAGAUGUCGGUCAAAUUUUGACCAGGACACUUAUAGCGUCCAUUUGCUUCCAUGCGUACCAGCAGGUUUCGUAUAUGAUUCUGGCGAAAGUGAAUCCCGUCACCCACUCGGUAGGAAACUGCGUGAAGAGGGUGGUGGUAAUUGUGAGCUCCGUCAUUUUCUUCCAGACGCCUGUUUCGCCCGUCAAUGCUCUCGGAACGGCGAUCGCAUUAAUGGGAGUUUUCUUGUACUCGAGAGUAAAGGCAGCGGCAAAACCAAAGAAAGCGUAAUUUACAGCAAAAUGCUUUGCGUUGCUUGAUUUCUCACAUCUCCCAUUCUACGUAUGUCGCCGGGCCCGGGUGGUUCCACUCCAUUCCCCUUUGGGCUUUGGCAUCCUCCACAUGGUCCCCCUUAGGGUAGCUCCCUCCGUUCCCUUUCAAUUUCAAUUUCCAUUUCCAUUUCCAUUUCAUUUACGGUUGCUGCGAUUCUGUCCCCCCCUUUCAAGUCCUGAAGCAUCGUUUUUUCGUUUGCCAGCGGCAGUUGGCUUUUUGUGCAGAACGAGGGCUUUUUUGUUUUGUUAGCUUUGUCCAUCCGCUCACGCUGUGAUGGGAAUCUUUCCACGUCGUCUCCAUAACUUCUCAAGUUUCCACGGCCUUUUUUUUUUUUUUUUUUUUUUUUUUUUUCCCCUUCCCCUACUUUUUGACUUUUCCCUUUUUUACUUUUUUCAAAGCGUUUCAUUGUCCUUCCCCCGCCCCCCCCCCCUCCCCCCCCCUUUCCCAAUAGCAUAGCAUUUGGCUACCUGCUGCAAUGAGGAAGGAUGUUCUUCCUGUUUACAGGCACUCCCAGGUUGGGUCGCUACAGCCUCAGUUAUAGUUUUUAUAUGAUUAUAUCCUGUUAUUGUAGAGUAGCAAGGUAUGUAUGAAAGCUGCUAUGAACAAAGAGUAAGAUAUUAACAGUAGUUUUAAAUAACUUAUUCUUAGUAGUUAUUAGUUAUUAAUAAGCAAACAAGAGUUUUAAAGAAAAGAAAAGGGGGAGGGGCGGGGGGGAGGGGGAACAGAGGGGAAAAUGGCCUUGCCUUCCAUCAUUUUCCAUGUGGAAGUGUCUCUUGGACUGUCUCCCCUUAUGCACCAUCAGAGGAGGACAAGUGAGUUAAAAUAAAAGAAGCAGAAAAAAAAAGGUCUUUUUUUUUUCUUACUAAGAAAAAAGAAAAGUUUUUGACUCUGGAGAGGAGAAAAUGUCAGGAAGCAUGUUGCACGGCGACCCUUCCGACUUAUUCACCAUUCUGGGUGGAGAAGAAGGGAGUAUGAGCUGAGGGAUGGGGAGAGGGUAGUAGGCAGUCAUAUAUAUAUAUAUAUAUAUAUAUAUAUAUGGGUUCAGCCUCCUGAUGAGUCGGUGAAACUCCGACGAAACAGUUUGUCACAGCCCCUCGUUUGUUGUCCUCUUCUCUCUCUCUGCCUACGGUUUUACCGGGCAGUUCUGUUUGUGACGAUAUAUAUAUAUAUAUCUAUAUCUGUGCUAGCUAAUCAUCUGUUGAAGUCAGCCAGCCAGCCAAAAUGAAUUUUGUCUCUUUUUAUUUUUUCUUUUGCUCGUGCUAGCGAUGUAGAGGAGGCAGGUAAUGGUCUGUCUCCCUUUUUUUUUAAUAUGUUUUUUAACUUUUUUUACGGGAGGGGAGGAGCGGGAAGGGCCCAUCUUUCUGUGAUCUUCUUCUUCAGAGGUUCACUGAAGAAGGAUGCACAAUGCUGACCCCAAGUCUUCUUAUCUAUUUUUGGCACUUGCUCUGGCGGGAAAAGUUUUUAAUACUACGUGUUUUUUUUUACUAACCUUUUAGCACAAAGCCGAGCGCGCCCCUGUAGUCUUCUCAUCGAUUUUUGGCUCUUUCUCUUGCAGAAGAGUUUUUGAUACUUCUUCUUCUUUUUUUUUUUCUUUUUUUUCUUUUUUUUUCGGCGUGAACAAUUUCACACUCCAAUAAGCCGGUUCUCUCUUUUCGAGUGUCUUACCCUCCGUAGUUCAGCAGGAAAAACAUGUUUUGUGCAAAGGGAAUGCCUCUUUGCCAUAGGCCUGCACAGAGUAUGGCGCAACCGGUGGUCGGGGCGAGAUUUCUUCUUCGUUUUCUUGAUUGCGGUUUGUUUAUAUGCGGAUCCUUAUUGACGCUCGCUACGGGUAUCCGUGCGAGAGCAUCUACGUUAACAAAAACGGCUCCAGUUC